AUGCUGUACGAUCCGACCAGAGAAGGUUUCGUGACAGGAUUGAUUGACGGAUCCUUUGGUCGACACCCCGAAGAGGAAGACGUGCAAGGUGGGAUCCUGAUCCCGCCCGUGCCGAUAGCAAGGACCGCGACCUACUCUCGCCAUGGUCGUCGUCGUCUGAUCGUAAGCAUCUUCUCGCCGACGUCGGUGUCAAGUGCUGGCAGCUGCCACUACCUUCAAGGCUUCACCAUGCCAAAAUCGCCAUGGUCGUGCUCAUCUGAUCCUAAGCGUCUUCACGACGCGUUAACUAAUGGCAGAAUUGCAGAAAAACUUGAGGAUGCUACAGCUGCCUUAGAUGAGCACAAAGCUGCGCAAGCUUCUCGUGAAGAAGGAAUCCUCAAGCGCCUGAAAACUCAGAGUCGCCGCACUUUCACCCAAACAAACCAGGAUUUUGAUCUGACGAAUCCUGUCAAUGACCCUGUCCUUGACGCACUUUCCUAUCUGGAGCUUCAUGGGUCCGAGAUUCGUGAAGGUGUGUCGAAUGCUAGCGCCGUGUUGUCGGCAUUGUUCCCCUACUUCUUCCCGAAGAAAGAGGAGCCUGCGACUUUCCUCAACCUUGCCAAGAUGUUCAAUACACCGGAAGACCUUGGACUGAAGAUGCGCCAAGAAAAUAUGAAGGUUGCCGUUGAGAACACCUGUCGCGUUGGUUGCCGACAAUCGACGGACUAUUGA